GAGGAGGAGGCGGAGGAGGAGGCGCCGCCGCCGCCGCGCCCAUGGAUCUCCUGUCACGCCGCGGGUAUUGGAAGAAGGAGGGAAGCAAAACACAGGGCUGAAUAUCAGAAUUUAUUUUAAAGAAGAGGUGAUAAUGCACCAUGGCGGCGGUCCUCAGAAUGUCCAGCUCCAGAGGUCGAGGUCCUUCACAGGCAGUGAGGGGGAAGACCAGCAGUCCCAUUCAAAUCUACCCCAGUCCCCUGCAGCUCCGUUUGCUCCUUCAGCAAGCCCAUCUGCACCACAGUCGCCCAGUUACCAAAUACAGCAGCUUAUGAAUAGAAGUCCAGUAGCUGGUCAGAAUGUAAACAUUACACUGCAGAAUGUUGGACCAGUAGUUGGAGGAAACCAGCAGAUCACCCUGACCCCUUUGCCAAUCCCCAACCCAACCUCCCCAGGUUUUCAGUUUAAUUCUCAGCAAAGGAGGUUUGAGCAUGGCUCCCCAUCCUACAUACAAGUUACCUCCCCGUUGCCCCAACAAGUCCAGUCUCAAAGCCCAACCCAGCCCACCCCUGGGCCAGUGCAGGCCUUACAGAGUGUGCGGGCUGGCACUCCUGGCCCGGGACUGGGUAUCUGCAGCUCCAGCCCCACUGGAGGCUUUGUGGAUGCCAGUGUCCUUGUGAGACAGAUCAGUUUGAGCCCUUCGAAUGGUGGACACUUUGUGUAUCAGGAGGGCUCAGGCAUUGCCCAGAUUGCUCAGGGAGGACAGGUUCAACUCCAGCAUGCGGGGGCCCCUAUUACCGUUCGAGAACGCAGACUUUCACAGCCCCAUGCCCAGACAGGCGGCACCAUUCAUCAUCUUGGACCGCAGAGCCCGGUAGCUAGUGGUGCCAGUAUGCAGCCUUUGACUAGCCCCAGUCACAUUGCAACGACCAGCUUGCCACCCCAAAUCAGUAGUAUUAUUCAAGGACAACUGAUUCAACAGCAGCAGGUGCUUCAAGGACAGCAGUUGAAUAGACCCGUGGGGUUUGAGAGGCCUUCGGGUGUCUUGAUAUCUGGAGUUGGAGGCUCUUCAGCCUUUGGGAUGACUUCACCACCCCCUGGACCCACCAGCCCUUCUAGAGCAGCUGUGCCACAGGGUCUUUCCAGCCUUCCUCUCACUCCUGCAGGAAGUAUAGGAGUGAAAAAAGUACCUAAAAAAUUGGAGGAAAUUCCACCAGCGUCUCAAGAAACAGCCCAAAUGAGAAAGCAGUGCCUGGAUCAUCAUUACAGAGAAAUGGAGGCUCUGAAAGAAAACUUUAAGGAGUAUUUGAUUGAAUUAUUUUUCUUACAACAUCUUCAAGGGAAUAUGAUGGAUUUCUUAGCUUUUAAGAAGAAACUGUAUGGACCCUUACACACAUAUCUUAAGCAAAAUGAUUUGGAUUUUGAAGAAGAGGAGGAAGAACAGUCUGAAGUCAUUAAUGAUGAGGUAAAGGUUGUGACAGGAAAGGAUGGGCAGACUGGGACUCCUGUUGCUAUUGCAACCCAGCUUCCUCCAAAUGUUUCUGCUGCUUUUUCAUCCCAGCAGCCAUUUCAGCAAAUGCACACAGGUUCACCAGUAACUGGAACUGUGACUACUUUAGAAAUUGAGACAUUUAAGAGACAACAGACAAUGACCCAAACAGAUUCACCUAAGAGACCUCGGAUUGAUGUGGGCUGUCACGGGGCAGCCUUUCAGUGUCCAGCGGUGACUUCAGGAGUCCCUCUUCAGCAAUUAAUGCCAACAGCACAAGGCGGAAUGCCUCCCACUCCUCAAACUGUGCAGCUCACUGGACAGAAACAGAACCAACAGCAGUAUGAUCCAUCCAAAGGUCCUCCCGUGCAGAAUGCUGCAAGUCUACAUACUCCUCCACCUCAGCUUCCUGGGCGGCUGCAGCCUGCCAAUGUUCCGGGCACAUCGCUCUCAUCAGCCCUGCAGAUUCUACAGCAGCCCCAGCAGCAGAUGAUGGAGACCCAGUCCCAGCCCCAGCCCCCAAUUCUGGUGAAGACCCAGCCACCCAAUGUACCCAUUCCUGCUGCUCCAGCCAGCCAGCCCACAGCACCCCUUCCACAGCCUCUCACACCAGCGCUCCAUGUCCAGAUGCAAGGGCAGCCACCUGCACAGAUCUCUCAAUCUCAGGCUACAGUACAGCAGCAGACUGUUUCACUGCUGCGACCAUCUGUAGAUCUUGCACAGGCUUCUCAGCAUCUUCUGGCAGAUUCUCUGCUUUUCUCGUCUCUUCCACCAUCAGCUUCUUCAGGCGCAGCGCUACCCUCUGUAUAUCCUUUGCAGACAAAUAGAACUUCCCCAGAAACCAAAUCCUUAUCCCCAGUUGUUUCCAAGCCCCUAGGUUUAGCUGUAGCUACAGCACCAACAAUUCAGAGCCCAGCCCAGAAUGCAGUGGGCCUGCCCCCGGAGAGUUCCCAGGACAAGCUUGCUGAGCAGAUAAAACUGGAAAACAACACCCAUCAGCGAAUUGCAGAGUUGAGAAAGGAAGGUUUGUGGUCUCUUAGACGUCUGCCAAAACUUCAGGAGGCCUUGCGUCCGAAGUCUCACUGGGAUUAUCUCCUUGAAGAGAUGCAGUGGAUGGCGACAGACUUUGCUCAAGAGAGAAGGUGGAAGAUGGCCGCAGCCAAGAAGAUGAUCAGAACCGUGGCUCGUUACCAUGAAGAAAAGAAACUCAAUGAAAUGAGAAACAAAAAGGAGGAACAGAACAAAUUAAGACGUAUCGCCGCGUCAAUUGCCAGGGAAAUUGAGUACUUCUGGUCUAAUAUUGAACAGGUUGUAGAAAUAAAACUGCAUAUUGAAUUUCAAGAGAAGCAAAAACAAGCAUUAAAUAUUAAGAAAUAUUCAAGACAAGGUAAGGACCUAAAGCCACUACAAGCUAGUGUCAAGAUAGAAAAUGAAAGCAGUAUGGCUUCACCACCAGGAAAGAAGAGAAAGGCAAGCCCAUCUUUGACUGAUGAAGAAGUGGAUGAUGAGGAGACAAUUGAAGAGCAAGAAUCAAAAGAGGCGAAUGUAAACCAUCAGGCUGAGCUGUGCCGCUUAGUCCGAGAAGCUGAAUUGCCUUUGGAUGAUUUAGUCAAGUUAUAUGAAGGUGCUUUUGUAGGAAGUUUCAAAUGGCCACAGUCUGUGUGUGACAGUGAAGAAACUACCAGUGAAGAAGACCUAGAAGAGACCACCAAUGCCAGAGAAAAGGAGGAAGUAGUUGUCAUAGAUUCGCUCCUCAGUGUUGGGCAGUGCCGAGGUGUGGAGAGAACCAGUCCUGGCAAGAAACACACGAGAGAUAUUGCAGAGGUGGUGGCGGCAGCAGAAACUCUGUUGCCCAAGGGCAGCGCCCGCAUCACAACCGCGGUAAAGUUCACUACUCCAUGUUUAUUGUAUGGGGUUCUCAGAGAGUACCAGAAGAUUGGACUGGACUGGUUAGCCAAACUCUACAGGAAGAAUCUCAAUGGCAUCUUGGCAGAUGAUGCUGGACUGGGCAAGACUGUGCAGGUCAUUGCCUUUUUUGCACAUUUAGCUUGUAAUGAAGGUAACUGGGGCCCCCACCUCAUUGUGGUUAGGAGUUGCCAUAUAUUGAAGUGGGAACUUGAACUGAAACGUUGGUGCCCUGGUUUGAAGAUUCUUCUUUAUUUUGGCGGCCAAAGAGAGCUUAGAGCAAAGAGACAGGAGUGGACCGAACCCAACAGCUUCAAUGUGUGUAUCACCUCCUACAAGCACUUCUUUAAAGGGCACCAGGCCUUUGCCAAAGUGAGGUGGAAGUACCUUGUUGUUGAUGAAAUGCAGCAGAUCAGGAACAUGACGGAAAAACACUGGGAGGCACUUUUCAGUCUCCGGAGUCAGCAUCGUUUGCUCCUGAUUGAUACGCCUUUACACAACACCUUGAUGGAAUUGUGGACCAUGGUGCACUUUCUGAUUCCUGGAAUAUCAAGACCAUAUUUGGAUUUUCCAGUGAAAGCUGCUAGUGAAGAGAACCAAGAUUAUUGUCACAAACUUGUCAUAAGGUUGCACAGAAUGAUACAGCCAUUCAUUUUACGAAGAUCAAAAAGAGAUGUCGAAAAGCAGCUCAGUAAGAAAUAUGAGCACGUGUUAAAGUGCCGCCUUUCUAAUCGCCAGAAGGCCUUGUAUGAUGACGUGAUCCUCCAGCCAGGAACCCAGGAAGCUCUCAAGAGCGGACAGUUUGUCAGCGUCCUGCACGUCCUGAUGAAGCUGCAGAGGAUCUGUAACCACCCCGACCUCAUUGACCCCAGGCUCUCAGGUGCCUCGUAUGUGCUGGAGGCCCUCGAGUUCAGGACCGCCGCUGCCAUUGUGCAGGCCCUGGAGCGUGGGCUCUGGAAGGACACUGACAUGUCUAUAUUUGAUCUGAUUGGGGUAGAAAAUAAAAUGACACAUUAUGAAGCCCAGGUGCUGCCCAAACAAAAGAUAAGCAGGAAGCUGAUGGAGGAAAUCUACACAUCGCCUGUGCCCCAGUCAAGGCCCCGGCCUGUCAAGAUCAAGCCCAACAGGUUGUUCCAACCUGUGCAGUAUGGACAGAAGCCAGAGGGCAAGACUGUUGUUUUCCCGAGCCCUCAAAUACAGCGCACUCUCAUCACAGCUACAGGAGCCCAGUCAGGGCAAGGACGAGGAAGAUCCCCCAUUGUAGAUCAAGCGGCCGCAGCACAGUUUCAGACAUCUCAGGCUCCUACCGGUGCUCCAAGACACCAGCCAGCAGCGACCUUCACCACAGCAACUAGCACAGCCAAUCCUGUGAGACAGCGGGGUCAGAACUCAGCCCAGGCCUCCCAGCUAGGCCAGACCCAGCCCCAGCCCCAGGCCCCCUCGCACACCGUCCAACAGAGUGUGCUUCCUCAGAGGCUGGUACUGACCUCUCAGGCCCAGGCACGGUUGCCUAGUGGGGAGGUGAUGAAAGGUGCUCAGCAGGCUUCUCUCACAGCAACUCAGAACAGGAUAGCUCAGCCGGAGACCCCCGUGACCCUGCAGUUUCAGGGGAAUAAGUUCACCCUGUCACAUAGUCAGCUCUGCCAGCUCACUGCUGGCCAGCCUCUGCAGCUUCAAGGAAAUGUUCUUCAGAUUGUUUCUGCUCCAGGACAACAAUAUUUGCGUCCCCAAGCAUCUCUUGUUAUGCAGCCCGUGUCUCAGGCUGGGACAGGACAGAAUGCUCUCAGCACACUAGGAAAUCAUCAUCAGGGAAAGAUGCUGGGCUCUGCAGCAGCCUCUCCCCAAGUUGGUGUGUCCACCAGAACUACAGUUGUUAACCUGCCUUCUGGGGAGCAAAGAAUCAUAUCCAAAUCAACAGGAACUCAAACACAGAUAUCAUUGGCAGAAAAAAGCAGACUUUUAAAAGAGCGUCUCGAUAGGAUAUUUUCUGGCAAUGAACGGCGUUGUUCCAGAGCUCCUGUUUAUGGCAAAGAUGUAUUGGGAAUUUGCUCAUUAUUUGGGGAAAGGAAAGCAUCUCAGCCUUAUUACCCUGGAGACAAAUGGAAGUGGGCCGGCUUGAUGAAUUGUUGUCCUUCCUCGUGUACACCAGAAAGUUCAGCAGACCCACUACAGUAUCUGAGAUUGACAUCGCAUCAACAGAAUGAAUCUCUACAGGAUGCCGUUAAAAGGGUGCUCCGUGUGCUACCAGCUGUGAUUGCUGCGCCCCCUCACCUCUGCACGUCAAAUCCUUCUCCAUCCUACAGCCAAAAAAUGAACCUCUUCAGACACAAUCUUAAGCUGCAGCUAGCUCCUUAUUUGCACCAACUGCAGCAGAUAGCAGCUCCACAUUCAUUAGAGUUCCCUGACCUCCGACUGGUGCAGUGUGAUUCAGGCAAGUUAGAAGCUUUGGCAGUCUUGCUGCAGAGAUUGAAAUCAGAAGGCCGCCGGGUGCUAAUUUUGUCCCAGAUGAUUUUAAUGUUAGAUAUCUUGGAGUUAUUUUUGAACUUCCAUUUCCUCACAUUCAUCAGGAUUGAUGAAUAUGCCAGCUAUGAGCAGCGUCAGGAACUGAUGAAGAGUUUCAACAGAGACAAGCGGAUAUUUUGUGCCAUUCUUUCUACCCACAGUCGCUCUACAGGUGUAAAUCUUGUAGAAGCUGACACAGUUGUGUUUUAUGACAAUGACUUAAAUCCAGUGAUGGACGCAAAGGCUCAAGAAUGGUGUGAUCGAAUUGGGAGAUGCAAGGAUAUCCACAUAUACAGGCUUGUAAGUGGUAAUUCUGUAGAAGAAAAGCUGUUGAAGAAUGGUACCAAAGAUUUAAUUAGAGAAGUAGCAGCUCAAGGAAAUGACUAUACCAUGGCAUUCUUAACUCAGCAAACUAUCCAGGAACUCUUUGAGGUCCAUUCUCCUAUGGAUGAUACUGGCUUCCGAGUGAAAGCUGAGGAAUUUGUUCUUCUCUCUCAGGAACCUCCUGUGGCUGAAACAAUUGCCCCCAAGGUUGCGAAACCUUUUAUAGAGGCUUUGAACAGCAUUGAACAAGAGGACGAAGAAGAGCCAGUCAAGCACGCAGAGGAAGUAAGAAUGACUGACAUGGAAUCUCUCCCCACGACUUUCAUCUCAGACCUGGAUGACUUAAAAUGUGAAGAAGAGCCUUCACAGAGGGAAGAAUUAUUUGCCGUUGUUGACCAACUUACUCCCAUAGAGAAAUAUGCAUUGAAUUAUCUGGAGCUCUUCCACGUUUCUGGUGAUGAGAGUGGACAAAGAAUAAUAGAGAGGAAAUUGAAGAAUGUGAAGAAAAUUUGGGAACUCCGUCAUAUGAGAGAAUUGAAGGAAAAAGCAGAAAGCAUGUUUCUAGAGGAGGAAGAGGAGUUAUUGACUUACACGAGGGAAGAUGCCUCUAAUAAGGAAUAUGUUUAUGAAGGUCCAGAUGGGCAAACCGAGAUAAUGCCACUUUGGACCCCUCCCACUCCCCCUCAGGAUGACAGUGACAUUUACGUCGAUCCCGUCAUGUGUCUAAUGUAUGAAGCUACGCCCAUUCUGGAGUCCAGUCUGCCGCCAGUGUACGUGAGGAAGGAGCACAGACGACCCAAAGCAGAGCCGUCUGCCGUCGGUCGGAAGAAGAAGCAGCGGCAUGGGGAGGUCGUCAUUCCUCCUCGAUCCCUCUUUGACCGGGUGACUCCCGGGACGUCUAAGACGCGCCGAGAGGGUAAGGAGCAGAGGAAGAACGUUCUGUUGAAGCAGCAGACUCAGUUUGCCAGAUCUUCUCCAGCAGCGGUCAAACCGACAGCAGAGUGUGGGCCAGACAGCCCAGAGUGGCUCAUUAGUGAAGACUGGGCAUUGCUGCAGGCUGUAAAGCAGCUGCUCGAGCUUCCUUUAAAUCUUGCUAUUGUAUCACCAGCACACACCCCUAAUUGGGAUCUUGUAAGUGAUGUUGUCAACUCCUAUAGCCGCGUUUACCGCUCUCCCAAGCAGUGCCGAAACCGCUAUGAAAAUGUCAUCAUUCCGAGGGAAGAAGGAAAGCUCAUGUUUGAAGCAAACCCUAAAAAGAAGGCCAAAAACAUGUAUAAGACCAAGAAUAGUCGUCCACUUCGCACCAACCAGGUCUAUGCCCAAGAUGAAGGUGCCACCCGCAUGCAACUUUAUAUCAGUCACUUUGAGAUGGCGAAAAUGAUUGCAGGAAAGAGAAGUCCCCUGAGUAAGCCCCUGCUUGGAAUGAAUCCUUUCCAGAAGAAUCCCAAACAUGCAUCAGUGUUUGCUGAAAGUGGAAUCAAUUAUGACAAGCCCCUGCCUCCAAUUCAGGUUGCUUCCUUACGGGCUGAACGUAUUGCUAAGGAGAAGAAGGCUUUGGCUGAACAGCAGAGAGCCCAACAGCAAACAGGGAUGCAGCAGCAGCAGCAAACCCAGCAAGCAGCCGGGCAGCACCAGCAGCAGCCUCAGGCUCCAGUGCAGCUCCAGCCCCAGCCCCAGCCCCAGCCCCAGCCCCAGCCCCAGGUGGUCCAGCAGCCCUCAGCUUUAGUGCAGCCUGCAGCAGCUACUGUAGCCACCUCUGCAGUCUUGGCUGGAACGAUCAAACCUGCUGGCACAGGUACAAGUGUCCAAACAGCUACCGUGAAUGGAAAUGUCCUCGUGAACACAGUUGCUGGCGUCCCAGCAGCUACAUUCCAGCCCAUCAAUAAGCGUCUUGCCUCACCAGUUAUGCCUGGACCACUGGCAGCUUCAGGAGGUGGCACUCCUGCUCCAGUGGUUCAUAGCCAGCCUCGGCCAGCUGUCACACCUGCAGCUUCUGCCGAGCUCCUCUCUGUCGCGUCCACUCAGGGGGUGCGAGCACUCACUCCUAUCCCAGCGUCCACUGUGGCCAUGACCAGCCUGACCCCUGUGCAGGCUCAGACAAGGUCGUUAGUGACUCAGGUAACACAAGGGACAGCCACAGGAGUUCAGCUUUCCAGCAAAACCAUCACUCCUGCCCACUUCCAGCUUCUCAGGCAGCAGCAAGUAGCAACUCAGGAGCACCUGAUCAAACUGCAGAAGCAUAAACUGCAGCUGGCCUCCCAGCCCAUGCCUCAGCAGCAGCCUCCACCAGGACCACAGACAGCUCCGGCGCCUCCUCCACUGCCCCCUCUGCUGCCGCCUCCAGCGCCGUCCCCCCAGCUCACUGCCGUCCAGACCCCCAGGCCCGGAGCCGUACUGGCUGGCACCGCCGUGGCCAACCUCCAGGUCACUCGCCUUACUCGUGUGGCCACUUCUCAGCUUCCGGCUCCAGGACAGACUGCCCCUGCAGCUCCUGCCAAACCUCCUGGGGCAUCAUCGCCGGCAGUCACAGCCCUCGCAGUGAACAGGACAGGAAUUGGGGGGGCUGUCAGCCAACCCCAGAAAGCCACAGGACCAACAGUAGUUGCUCAGCCAUUGCAUGUCCAACAACUUCUGAAACUCAAAACCCACCAGCAACAGAAAGUCAUUCAGCCUCAGAGUCAAACGACUGUCCAGCAGAAGAUCAGUGCACAGCAAAUCACUGUCCAGGCCCAGCAGCAGAAAGUGACUUAUGCUCCUCAGCCCAGCAUUAAAACUCAGUUCCUGAUGACACCUCUGUCCCAGACCCCAAAGCCCACAGGAGCCCACCAAGUGCCAGCCCCAUUACAGGUGGCAAAGAUUCCUCAAGUUGUUCAGCAACAAACAACAGUGGCCAGUAUACAACAGAUGGUUUCUGUUUCCCAGCAGGUUCAACCUCAGCCACAAACUGUGACUACGUCCCAGACGGCGGCCGGCCUGCACCAAGUACAGGGGCUCCCUGCAACAACAGUGGCUCCACAGACAGUUCAGCAGAAACUUGUACAGCAACAAGGCGUGAGCCCUGCCACGCCACAGCUGCAGGUCCCGCCUGCCUCCGAAGGGCACGGUCAGCAAUCCAAAGGGCAGAUGCGGAUGUCAGCGGUCAGAUUAAAGGCACUGCCCAAGUCCAGCUGAAGGGCUGCCUGCAUACAGUCAGCCAGAGGGAAUUUGGAAAUGCCGGGGAACGGUUAUCUGACAUUGUAAAGCACCUGUUAAGUUGCAUUUUAAUCUAUAACUGUAUGCAAUUGCUGACUUCUUAAAAGAUGACUCUUGCUCUUAUUGGACCAUCAUUUCUAAAGUAUCGAUGCAAACUAUGUAAAGAAUGUCAGCUUCCUGUUCUUUUCAUUUGAGAGCUCCACAGAGCUUGUCAGAAAUCAUUUUCUGUCCUGUUAAAAGUGGAUGGUCCACCAUGGCAGCCCCUGGUAUCGUAGGCCAUUCUGUCUGUUCAGAAGUAGGACUGACUGGCCUGGGCUGCAAGCUUUCUGAGUAACUGGCCCCCCUCCCCUUCCACAAGCAGUCCUGCCUAGUACAAGUCUGGGUGUAACGUGGUCCCUUAAAUCUGUAGUCCUUCAGUGUGACCAUCUGCGCCUAGCACUGCUUUGCACAUUAGUAGGUGCCUAAUAAAUGUUUGUUCAAUUGAAUCUGGAUGUAUAGUUAAGAUUUUAACAAAAGUUCAUCUUCCAUUCUUGUAAUUCUUUUGAACUGGUAGUUCUGUGUACAUUUCCUGAAGCUGUGUGUACGUGUGUGUGUAUGUAUGUGUGUGCGUGUUUGCUUUCAUUCUUCACUUUGUGAUAAUGGUUAUUCUUGGAAUGUAACGAGUGUGUUCAUCCUAGUUCUAUGUAUAGUAAAAACUGUAACCUUUUUGUAAAAGGAGUAUUCACUUUGUAUCUUGGAGAAUUUCCUAUUUGUCUAGUUUGAUACUUCCAGUGUGGGAGAGUUUUUAACUGCUGGGGUUUAAUUUAGGUUUCAUUUGCUUUUGUGAUGUUUCUGUGUUCAGUAUAAAAUCUAUUCAGCCUUCAGCUGGGGAAGAGAGAAAAGUAAACAGAACCCAAGAUUAAUUCUGAAUUGUGCAAAGAAUACACUUUUAUAUGAUUAUUUUACUAAAGUGAAUAAGAAUAACGAAUGUAUAUUCAGGUAGACGUUUGGAGGAUGAGGUCACAGUCCAAGACUAUCCUAAAGGAGCUUGCCUCCUUUUUAAAGAAAUGAUAGCAUACAACAUAGGGUACCAGGACUUCUCCACAUAGGAACCUUCUGCAAAUAAAGCUUGCUUACGGAAGAGGCCCAAGGAGCUUCUCUUAAAUUGGUCCUGCCUUUUACUUUGACUGUGGCUCAUGUGACAGCGACAAGGAGGAUUCUUUCAUCACAUUUCAUAAAGUGCAUUUUUAAAAAGUAUUUUUCCCCUGCAAUGCAGGAUUAUUUGAUGUUUUGGUGGUGGUUUAAUUAAAAAUAAAAGCAUUUUUACUUUAUAAAACAACUUUAAAGAUAUGACACCAUUAUUGGGAUUAGGUGAAAUGUAAUGGCAAUGCAAGAGAUAGGGCUUCUCAGUUUCAACUAGGAAAUACUAUGUCCACUGGUUCUAGUCUAGGUCAAAACUAUCAGGUCUUCUGGGCACAGGAAUAUUUUCUGGGCUAUGCCCUUUCUCUGGGUCCUGACUGUGAAACCACUCUUUGAUACCCACUUAUCUUUCAGGACUUUCUAGAUGGGCAGUGAGGUAGGCUCAAGGUGCCAUCUGAGUUGGUUAAGUUUGGCAACAAAGGGAAGAAACAUUUUGCAUCCCUGGCAUGUUGCUGCCUGUUUCAGUUAGCUUGUUGUUCCUUUGGAACAUUCAGCUCUGGGUCCUGCACAAAUAUUGCACGGUCUGCCAGAAGCAGCUGGUUCUGUGGCCCAUCAACCAAGCAGCAAAGAUGGAAACACCGUUCUUAACUUGGAAAAAAAAACUCUCUCUCUCCCAGUGGUCAGCUGGUACUAGGAAGGCAGGGCCAAGUACGAAUUACUGAUGAAUGUGGGCGCUAACUGUACUUGCUUUGUAGGACUGUAUGGAAUUGUGAUGUAUCCUACCAAACAGAGAGUGUAAUAAAGUGUACAUUUUUAUA